CAAUCAUCCAACAAGAGGUACUAUCUGUGACUGCCAGUCCUACUCCCCUGGAUUGUUACAUCAGGCUGCUUGUCGACGAAUACGAAUAUUUUCUGCGCAAUUUUCUCUCUCUUCACAUAUUCUCUUAUUUCUCUCCUUUCACUUUUACCAUCUCUCUCAUACUAUCAUACAACCAAAUUCAACACCACUGUAGAGAGAAAGUGAGAACUAUAGAGAGAGAAAGUGAGAAUUAUAGAGAGAGGAAAUGGAGAGUUCGUCGGAAUUGGUGGCAUUUCCAUUACUGAUUGAAUCCAAUUACAGAGCAUGUACUAUUCCGUACAGAUUUCCUAACGAUAACCCUAGAAAACCUACUCCCACUGAAAUCUCUUGGAUCAACCUCUUCGCUAAUUCAAUUCCUUCUUUCAAAGAACGGGCUGAGAGUGAUGACACAGUGGUCGAUGCUAAAGAUAGAGCUAGAAAAUUUGCAGAGAGGUAUGGCGAUAUACUUGAAAAUAUGAAGAAAGAUCCUGAAAGUCAUGGUGGCCCACCUGAUUGCAUUCUACUUUGCAGGCUUCGGGAGCAAGUGCUUCGGGAAUUGGGGUUCAGAGACAUAUUUAAAAAAGUGAAGGAUGAUGAGAAUGCGAAGGCUAUAUCUUUAUUCAGCAAUGUGGUGAAUCUCAAUGAUGCUAUUGAAGAUCCAGUGAAACGUUUAGAGCAUCUCGUUAGAGGAAUGUUUGCUGGAAACAUAUUUGACCUUGGCUCUGCACAGCUUGCAGAGGUAUUUUCAAAGGAUGGGAUGUCCUUUCUCGCCAGUUGUCAGAACCUUGUCCCUCGACCCUGGGUUAUUGAUGACCUUGAGACUUUUAAAUUGCAGUGGAAUAAGAAGUCCUGGCAAAAGGCUGUGAUUUUUGUUGAUAAUUCUGGUGCAGAUAUCAUCUUAGGAAUUCUACCAUUUGCAAGGGAAUUACUGCGUCGUGGUACACAGGUUAUCUUGGCAGCCAAUGAUUUGCCUUCCAUAAAUGAUGUUACAUAUACGGAAUUGUUUGAAAUUGUAUCGAAGUUGAAGGAUGAAAGUGGACAGCUCAUGGGUGUUGAUACUUCCAAACUUUUGAUUGCCAAUUCUGGCAAUGAUUUGCCGGUAAUCGAUCUUACGAGUGUGUCGCAAGAGUUGGCAUAUUUGGCUAGUGAUGCAGACCUGGUCGUCCUUGAAGGAAUGGGGCGUGGAAUAGAAACAAACCUUUAUGCUCAAUUCAAGUGUGACUCCAUCAAGAUUGGGAUGGUUAAGCAUCCAGAAGUUGCCCAGUUUCUAGGAGGUCGGCUCUAUGAUUGUGUCUUCAAAUACAGUGAGGCUUUCCAUUGAUGUGAAUCUUUAACAACCCUGAAAAAAUUCCUUUUACUCUUACAUUAAGCAUCACAGAUAUAAAAUAUCAGGUCCUGGGAUCUUGUUCUGUUUUUCCUGUACAGCAUACUAUUAGCAUCGCCUUAGAAAAUUGGCACUUGGCCGAGUUAUGCAGAGGCUUAUUUACUCCUGCAUAAUGCCAUUUUUUACUGCAUAGGGAAUUUUCUACAUCCCGAUGUAACGAGUUCAUGUGAUUGGUGUGCGAAUGCUCUAGCUGUGGAAGAUUUUUUUUUUUCUUUGUACUGAUAAUUUAAAUGUAAGGACCAGGAAGAUAUCUAAAAGAAAUACUUCGAAUAUUUAUAAUUCUCAUUGAAUAAUAUGCAGAACGUUGUCUGUCAAUUUUUACAAUAAACUUUGUAUAGACAUACACACUUAUUAUUUUUUGCUUGGAUUACUGCAAAGGCAGGAAGAAAGUUGAUUUAGGAAGAUACUUCUGUCACCAUCAUCAUUUGUUCUUGAUCGGAUAAGAAGCCAUUUUGUUGAUACCGCACAGUCCCUGUGGGUGUCUAGUGUUCCUCUUCAUUCUUAUGUAUCCGCGCUCUCCCCAUUUCUCUCCCCAUGAGUUCUUCACAAUGAUGUAAUCCGAUCCUUUAGCUGAACCGUACCCUACAGCUGUUACUCCGUGAUCUAAAGAUGUUUCACAA